CAUGUUCUGGGCAUCCUGACCCAACGGAAUCCCAUGGGGCACCCCAGACUGGCAGCCCUGCUCCUGUCUCUCCACCUGCUGUUCGCCGGCCUCUCUGCCUCUGCUGGGAUUGGCUGCCCCUGCCUGCCCCACUGGAACACUCGCUGUCUGCUGGCCUCCCACAUGGAUGACAGUUUCACUGGUAAAUCUGCCCAUAUUCCUUGUCAUACCCAGUUGGCCGCCCCCAUCUCCCCAAAGCCUUGGGGUGCUUGGCUCUGGAACUGCCCCUGCUGUUUGUGUCUACACCUGGCGUCAACUCCUUCAGGCCUUCGGUGGGGCUGGUUCCACCGCCUGGCGCAGAAAUACAAAAAGUCUUCCAGGUUCCAGUUCUGUAGGAGACACAAGAUAGCAGCAUUUGCUCAGAGGAAGCGGCUAAGUUGCUGUUGCCUGUCUAAGAUGGGCCAUCGUAUCUCUGUCACCUCCCAAGACAUCUCCCACAAGAGGCUGCGCUUCAAAAGGACCCGAUCUUCAGAUCCAGAGGCAGUGGAAGUUCUCCUGAGACAGGAUGCACGAAGACAUAAAGGGCCUGAAUUCUACUUUGACUUGCUGCCAGAGGCACGGGCUAUUCGAGUGAGCAUUCCCCCAGGCCCUGAGGUCAACGUGCGUCUUUGUCACCAGUGGGCAUUAGAGUGUGAAGAGCUGAGCAGUCCCUUUGAUGCCCAGAAAACCGUGUCUUGGGGCCACACUGUCGACCUGCCUUAUGAAUUCCUUCAGCCUUGUCUGUGCAUAGAGGCAUCCUACCUCCAAGAGGACACCGUGAGGCGCAGAAAAUGUCCCUUUCAGACCUGGCCUGAAGCCUAUGGCUCAGACUUUUGGAAGUCCGUGAAAUUUACCGACUACAGCCAGCACAGUCAGAUGGUCAUGGCCCCGACACUCCACUGCCCGCUGAAGCUGGAGGCCUCCCUCUGCCAGAGGCAGAGCUGGCACGCCCUCUGCGAAGACCUCCCCAAUGCCACAGCUCGCGAGUCAGAAGGGAGGUAUGUUUUGGAGAACGUGGACUUGCACCCCCAGCUCUGCUUCAAGUUCUUUUUUGGAAACAGCAGCCACGUUGAAUGUCCCCGCCAGACUGGGUCUCUCACAUGACACCCUUUUCCCCACUCCCCGGCAGCCCCAUCCUGGAAUGUGAGCAUGGACACCCAGGCUCAGCAGCUGAUCCUUCACUUCUCCACAAGGAUGCAUGCCACUUUCAGUGCUGCCUGGAGCCACCCGGACUUGGGACAGGACAGCCUGGUGCCCCCUGUAUACAGCAUCAGCCAGACUCAGGGCUCAAGCCCGGUGACACUAGACCUCAUCAUUCCCUUCCUGAGGCCAGGGGACUGUAUCCUGGUGUGGAGGUCAGAUGUCCAGUUUGCCUGGAAGCACCUUUUGUGUCCCAAUGCCCCUCAUAGACACCUGGGACUAUUGAUCCUGGCACUGCUGGCCCUCACCACCCUUUUGGGAGUUGUUCUGGUCCUCACCCUCCGGCGCCCAUUACCAGACCCCGGCGAAGCGCAACCGGUGCUGCUUCUGCAUGCAGCGGACUCAGAGGCGCAGCGGCGCUUAGUGGGAGCGCUUGCUGAACUGCUGCGGGCCACGUUGGGCGGCGGGCGCGAUGUGAUCGUGGACCUGUGGGAGGGGGCGCGCAGGGCGCGCGUGGGCCCGCUGCCAUGGCUGUGGGCUGCGCAGGCGCAGGUGACGCGGGAGCGGGGCACGGUGCUGCUGCUGUGGAGCAGCGCAGGUUCGAGCGCCGCCUGCGGCCCGGACUCCCGCACCGCGCCCCUGUGCACCCUGCUCCGUGCCGGCCCGCGCCCGCUUCUGCUACUGGCUUACUUCAGUAGCCUCUGCACCAAAGGCGACAUUCCCCCACCACUGCGCGCCCUGCCGCGCUACCGCCUGCUGCGUGACCUGCCUCGCCUGCUGAGGGCGCUGGGAGCCGCUGGGCCUUCCACCCAAGCCAUCGGCUGGGGCCGCCUGGGUGCUCGGCAGUGCCUGCGGAGUCGCCUGGAACUGUGUCGCCGGCUGGAACGCGAGGCAGCCAAACUUUCCCACCAAGGCUGAGCAGAGCUCCCGGCAAUCCAGAUGUCUUGGUCACAGGAGUAGGGGUGCUGGCUGACAUCCCAGAAGGAGGCUUCUACCCUGGAAUUCUCAGGGAGCCUCCUGAGGACUGCUGCCCUAAAGCCUUAUUCCCUGCCUUCCAUCCCAGGAACAGAGCGCCCAUCUCACUCCGAGCCUUUGUGCAGGAGCGUCAGGCAUUCUCCUGAUGCUGCCAUCUCUCAGAACCCCCAGGGAGAGAGUCGUUCUUUACUUAGGGCUCCUCUGACUCCAGUCCUGAUG